AUGGAGUGCAGUGCAUCAAUUCGAGGUUUGCACAGUCCACGAUUUACAUCGCGUAUGGGAAUUUGUUUGAGAGCAAAACAGUGUGGAGUUAGAAGAAUGAGAGGCAUUCGAGCAUCUCAAUCUCAAUCUCUUACUUCUUCAUCAUUGUAUGAAGUAUUAAGUGUUCCUCACAAGGAGAGCGAUCGUGAGAUAAAGAGCGCAUAUCGUCGAAUGGUGCUUCAAUAUCAUCCUGACGUUUGCCCACCUACAGAGAAAGAAAAAUACAGUCAAAUAUUUCUGAAAGUUCAGGAGGCGUAUGAAACUCUGUCUGACCAGCACCUCCGUCAUGAUUACGACUGCAGAGUGAGUAACAGCUUGGAAUUAAGCGAGAGUAAAAACUACUUGUGGGAAGCUCAGCUAAUGGAGUUAUCGAGAAAAAGAUCGGGCUGUAAUUCAUCGUGGGGUAGCAGAAUGAGAAGAAGCAGCAUACAUAAGAAUGGAUUCAUUCACUGA